AUCGAGUGACGACCAUUUGGUUACGAUUGAACUACUACUCCCAUAAAAUGCAAGUUUGUAGUUGUGUGAUUUAUAGCAGUUGGUGGUGGCGGGAAAACAAAACCUUAUCUCCAACUACACCUGCAACGCUGCAGAUUGAAAGGUGAGAAUUGAGGAGAGGAGAGGAGAGCAGGGAUGUCAAUUGCUGCUGCGGCAUUUGUUAGAAACCCUAAUCGUAGCAACUUUCUGCUUGUUGAUAUCACCAAUCAAUUCAAUCCCAUCAUCAUUUCACGUUGGAAAAGACGGCUUACUCUUAUCACUUCUUCUUCUUCUUCUUCUGCUAAUGCUUUGACAACCGUUGAUUUUAAUCCUCUUCAAUCAGCUCUUGAAAAGAAAGACAGUGAUGCUGUCAAGGAAGCACUUGAUCAGUUAAGUGAAAUUGGUUGGGCGAAAAGGUGGAGCUCUCAGCCAUAUGUCUCUCGUCGAACAACUUCACUUAGAGAGCUGACUACUCUUGGAAUCAAGAAUGCAGAGAAUCUUGCCAUACCAAGCGUCAGAAAUGAUGCAGCUUUUCUUGCUACAGUGGUUGGAUCAACAGGAUUUUUGGCUAUUCUUGCUGGCCAGCUUCCUGGGGACUGGGGCUUCUUCACGCCAUAUCUGAUAGGAAGCAUAUCUUUGAUAGUUUUGGCGGUGGGGAGCAUUUCACCGGGACUUCUCCAGGCAGCCAUCAGCGGAUUCUCAGUGGUUUUUCCUGAUUAUCAAGAGAGGAUAUCUAGGCAUGAAGCAGCUCAUUUUCUAGUUGCCUAUUUGCUUGGCUUUCCGAUUUUGGACUAUUCUCUGGACAUCGGAAAAGAACAUGUAAACCUUGUCAAUGACAAGUUGGAGAAGCUUAUAUACAGUGGACAGCUUGAUUCCAAAGAACUUGAUAGGCUGGCGGUUGUGUCAAUGGCUGGGCUCGCGGCUGAAGGACUGUCAUAUGAUAAGGUUAUUGGUCAAUCUGCAGAUCUUUUCUCUCUUCAGAGAUUUUUAAAUAGGAGCACACCACAACUAAGCAAGGAUCAACAACAGAACCUCACUAGAUGGGCGGUUUUGUUUGCAGGAUCUCUCUUGAAGAACAAUAAAGCAGUUCAUGAAGCUCUAAUGGCCGAAAUGUCAAAGAAGGCAACUGUACUCGACUGCAUCAAAGCUAUUGAAAUGAGUUGAGGAACCAAAGCUUAUACUCGCAAAAUUUUCUUCAAUGCUUCAGUGUAAAGAUCAUUAAACGAGCCAUAGGACAAUUGACGAAGUAAAUAGAUAAAACAAGUUACAAUUGUAAUACUAUUUUUAUAAGGUUUGGUAAAAAAAAAAAAAAAAAAAAACUUUAAUUUAA